AUGUGCCCAAGUAUCCUACGCGCCAACAAACAGAUCUACGCCGAAAGCUAUGAUUCCAUGAUAAAGUGCAAUCGGUUCAUGCUCGUGUCUUCGACUGGCGGUCUACAUCUCGCCAACAUGCUCAAGGGCAACUGCGUUCCCACGCUGGCUUUCGACCUGGACAACGGCACUAAGAGGAAGAAGAAAAGCGGAAAAGAGGUCAUUAAGCCCAUAACAUAA